UAUCGCUAUCAGUUUGCACUUCUGUCUCAUUAUCAAUUAUUUUAUCAGUUAUUUAUUUUUUCUCGAACCGUUGAAUACCUCAUUGAAAAAUGAAAACACCAUUGAGGAGAUUGCUUGAUCCACUUUGUGAAUGAGACUCCAGCCACUUAAUACGAGCAGAGUUUAUAAAUUUGUAUACAUAAAUAAAUAUGACGCCUACACGAUGAUCAAUAGUAUAAUAUUGUUCUUUUAUCUGUAAGGAACUCAUAAUAGCAAUAAUAAUAACGUCCGGUCGGAAACUUGAAUUCAAUUAAAAAAAUCAGGUUUAACUAGUAUAUCUGCAAUGUAUUCAGCGACAAUUACUGUGAUAUUGAUAGUUAUGUGCAGUGUGAUCAAUUGUCUAGGCGAAGUAGUUUUAAUUUACGCCAAAGGAAAUAUAGAGACGUGUGGAGAGAGUCGAUCUUGCAUCAAGAAAUGCUGCCCCGAAAAACACGUUUUGAAAAACAAAGUGUGUACAUUCUCAGACGAUGAGUUCGAACUCAAAGUGUUCAGUGGCAUCCAAGAAAUCAGCAAUUCUACUGAUGAAUCCACUUUCGAAGUUUUCAUCGAGUUCUCGAGUAACUCUACUUACACGAACUGUGAUGGGGGGAAGGUUUUGAAAUUGUCCCCUAAAUUUGCGGAAGAGGAUCAUUUCUAUCUACAAGAAAACGGAUCGCUUCUGAAGCCCAACGAUGAAGUGUUGCCAAUGGUUCUGCCUCAGUUCUACUGCUUGGAAACUUUCGUUACGCCACUCGGAUCAGAAUUGUCUGCUUUGGUGUGCUAUAUGCCUGACAAUCUCGAAGUUGUGCCUGAUACACAUUUCUUAAUCGGUAUGAUCAUUUCUAUGCCAUUCCUCCUCCUGACGUUCCUGGUUUAUGUCAUAUUGCCGGAAACCAGCCUUCAUCGUAGAGCUUUGAUGUCCUACGUAUUGACCCUGCUGGUGGGAUACAUCUUAUUAGUGACCGUCCAGCUGAAUGAUAACACUGUUCCGAACACAUUAUGUCAUGUUCUGGGUUACUCCAUCAUAUUUUUCUUCACAGUAUCAUUCUUCUGGAUGAACGUCAUGUGUAUUGAUAUGUGGCUAGCAUUCAGCGGUAUAAGAGGAUUCAAUGGAAAAAAAAGUGCAGAAAAGAAAAGGUUCAUCAUCUAUUGCCUAUACGCCUGGGGAGUCCCUCUGCUACACAUCUUGACGGUUUUCUUGCUGAACACUUACGGAGACGAGAGGUCCGCUUAUCAUCCACAACUUGGAUACAGAAAAUGUUUCGUUGAAGAUGGAUUACCAAAUCUCCUUUACUUUUACCUUCCAAUGGCAAUCGUUAUUGUGAUAAAUAUCAUACUGUUUAUAUUAACUACAAUAAGGAUACAAAAAGCGAAGAGGGAAACUUCAAUGUUGAAACACACCGAUAGCAAGCGACACUCAUACGAAGACGAUAAACAAAAAUUCAACCUAUAUCUGAAGUUGAUGCUCGCCAUGGGUAUAAAUUGGUCGAUGGAACUGAUAUCUUGGGUGGUUACCUGGAAGAUAAAUAAAUCACCCACUUGGAUUUGGUAUUUGACCGAUUUUACCAAUGCUAUUUAUGGUGUCGUCAUUUUCUUUCUAUUCGUAUUCAAGAAGAAAAUCUGGAGAUCCCUGAAGAAGAGGUAUUAUGUGUGGGUAGGAAAACCUCAUCUUGCACAUGCCAUGUCAACGUCAGCGUCAAACCGCGGCACCCGUACCAGCAACUUCUCAACCACAGAAUCAGGGGUCAACACAGAUUACCGCUUGAGUGAUAUACGAAAUGUAAAAGAAGAAGAAAGAGCCCUGAACAGACAUUGAAUAUUUUAUUUACUUACUGUUGUACUUAUUUGCGAUUUAUAUACUUGAUAUGUAUGUGAAAUCUAUGAUACGCUGAAUAUUUGUUUAUAGCACGCCGCAUCAAUGAAUGUAUAUUCAUAUAUCUUCACUUUCGAACCACAAAUCAUUCGAAAUCUAUUGAAAUUUAGCCUACAUUGCAUUGAUUCAUUAUUGUAACUACAAGUAUUAAUGAAAAAACCAAAGCUGGCAUGGUAUGAAAAUGUAGAUUUAUACAGGGUGAGUCAAUAGUGUGUUCUCCUUCGAUAUUAGCCAAACCGUCAGGUAUAUAAAGAAAAUUCGAAUACAACAGUUAUAGAAUUUCAUGACAGCUAUCACCUUAAAUUAUUUUCAUAUCUAUAGGAUGUUCGAAUUCCAAGAUAUCGGUAUUUUUAAAUGGGACACCCUGUAUAUUAUUGCAUUUUUAAAUUUUUCCUGAAGAGCUGAUUUCAUAAAUGCAUCACACUUGGGGUGUAGCGGAACUGAUUACAGAGAUAUAGGGUGUUCAGAAUCGAAAAUUAUCAGAUUUGGGAUUUUUUUGUGUCAGAACUAUUAAUUAUUGGUCGAAACGGCUUACAUGUCCCUAUCUCAACGUUUGAUUUACUAUCUACUGAAAUUGAAUUGGAAUAGAUACAGGGUGAUCAGAAAUCUUGAAUUUUGAACCACCCUGUAUUUGUUCCAUUUAAGUGUCAGUAGAUGGUGAAUUGAAAGUUGAGAUAGGGACAUGUAAGCCGUUUCGACCAAUAAUAAAUAGUUUUAACACAAAAAAAUCACAAAGUUGAAAAAUAUAGAUUUUGAACACCCUAUAUCUCUAUAAACAUUUCAGCCAGUCCCCAAGUGCGAAACAUUGAUGAAAUCAGCUCUUGAGGAAGAAUCUAAAAAUGUAAUAAUAUACAGGGUGUCUUAUUUGAAAACACCCAUCAUCAACCAAUAUCUUGGAAUUCGAACACCCUAUAUAUAUGAAAAUAAUUUUAGGUGACAGUUCCCAAGAAACCAUAUAACUGUUGUAUUUGAUUUUUUUCUAUAUAUUUGACGGUUUGACUGAUAUAGAAGGAGAACACACUAUUGACUCACCCUGUAUAAAAAUGAAAUUUUACGAACAUUAUCUUCCUCAAAUCAACAAAGGUCCUUUGGCUCAUCUGAGUUCUCUUCCAUUAUAUGCCAAACAAACUGAUUCAAUAUUGAAUAUUCUCACAAUUCACAGUUUACUUGAUAACAACAGGAAUAAAUGUACUUAAGGAUAGCAUUUCUGAAGAGCAUCACAAGUUGUAGCCGGGGUGAGUUUGAGUCAUUACACUUAUUAAUUUUAAGUUUUAUUUUUGGAUCCUGUACUAUAUGUUUUUGAAUAUAAAAUUAUCGA